AUGCAAGACGAAAUUGACACUAAAGCCUUGGCAUAUGCCCAGAAGCGGGAAGGAAGAUGCUUAGCUAAAAUUAGUCCUAAUACAUAUUUAUGGACGUGUAAGAAAAACCAUCAAUGGGAGACGCCAUAUAAAAAUAUGAAGCAAAAUUAUAGGUGGUGUAAUAUUUGCCCUAAUGUACCAGAAAGAACAUGCCGGUAUAUUUUUGAAGAUUUAUUAAAUAAAAAAUUCCUACUCCGAAAACCUAAAUUCUUGGAAGGAUUACAUUUAGAUGGAUACAAUGAAGAGCUAGGCUUGGCCUUUGAAUAUAAUGGCAAUCAACAUUACCAAUC